AUGCAAGCCUGGGCACCGCGAGCGCCCAAAGGGCCCUGCAUCGGGCCUCAAGGGCACUGCCCUCCUGGGCCCAUGGGCCCCAUGGGCCCCAUGGGCCCCAUGGGCCCCAUCACGGCCAUCGGUCUUGGUCUUGGGCCUGCAAUUCCUGCCGUGCCUGCGCCUGGCGCAUGGGCUGGAGGUGCGCUGCGCUCGCAGAUGGUGCAGCCCAAGGCGGCGCCACCGGGUUUUGGGCCAGCGUGUCCAUUCUGUGGCAACAUCUAUGCACCGGACGCUCGGUUCUGCCGCAAAUGCGGUCAGCCCAGAGCAGAGGUGAAAGCCUCGGUGCCGCCUCCAGUGCCUGGCUUCCAAGGCCAAAGGGAGGUGGGCCUUCGCCGCUUUCCUUCUGCUCCCAAUGUUCAGGCCUGCGGCCUCUCCUUCACGCCCUCGCCGGCGGCCAUGUGCUCCAACAGGAGGGAGCAUGUGGUGAGGGAGGCGUCUGCACCUGCACCGCAGGCACCGCAGGCCCAGGCCAGCGCUGGUCCCUUUCUGGGCGCCCUGCUCCCCCUGCCAGCAGUGCCGCAGGUGAAGGAAAUCGUGGAGGUCGCCUCGACUGCAGCCACCACGCAGCCUGAGGAUCCAAUGAAGCAGUUUCAAGUGGUGAUACGAGAGAAGCCUAUUUCACAGCAAGUCGAGAAAGUAGUGGAGGUUCCUCAUGUGUCGGUAUCUGACAACACCAUUGAGGUGCCUGUCUCGCUGGUACAAGAAAAAGUGGUGGAGGUACCCGAAGUGCAGUAUGUGGAGCUCUUGAAGCAGGUGCCGAAGGUGCAAUACCAAGAAAGGCUCCUGCAGGUGGAGAAGUUGGUGGCCGAGGCCAGGACUGUGGAGGUGGAGGUUCCCGUGGAAGUCCAACAGGAGCGGCUGGUGGAGGUGAGCCAGGCUCAGCCGCUGGAAAUCUGGCGCGAGGUGGCGAAGGUGCAAAGACAGUCUCUUGCCAAGCAUUUCGCAAAGCCCGUGGUGCAGUGGAAGGAAAGCCUGCGUGAGGUCCCGCAGACCACCGUCCGGGAGCAGAUCCAGGAGGUGCCAACAGCCAGGAUCGUGGAGCUUCUGCGCGAGGUCCCAAAGCCGGAGAUUCAGAAAGUGGAGAAGCCAGUCGAAGUUCCAUCAAUCCAGCUGACCGAAAGGAUCGUCGAAGUGCCGAGCGUGGAGGUCCGGGAGACGGCCAGCGAGGUCGCGGCGCGUGUGGAAGUGCGGGAGGUGGUGAGGCAGGUUCCCAAAGUCGAGGUACAGUUCGUCGAGAAGAAGAUCCCCAAACCCGUCAUUCAAUAUGUGGAGAAGACGGUUGAAGUACCACAUGUGGUGUACGAAGAGCGGAUCGUGGAGGUCCCUGAGAUCGAAGUCAAGGAGCUCAUUCGGCAGGUGCCCGUGCCCGUGAUCCAGUACGUGGAGAAGCGGGUGCCGAAGUGUUCCUUGCGGCUUUUGGAGAAGCUCCAUGAGGUGCCCCAAGCCUUCCAGGAGGAGCGAGCAGUCGAAGUCCAACAGGCAAUUGGAGUCGAUCUGGAGGUGCAUGUGCCGAAGGUCAGCUACACGGAAGUUGAGAAAGAGUUUGCUGCGGUGACGCUCCAGCCACGCGAGAAGGUGGUGGAGGUGCCCGUGAUUCUCCGGGAAGAGCGUUUGGUGGAGGUGCCAAAGGUGCAAACUGUCCCAGUGGUCACACAGCAUCUGAGCCCAGCUGUGGAGUUCGUUGACAAGCCCGUUGCCGUAGCGGAGAUCUCCUUAAAGGAGCGGCAGGUGCAGGCUCAGCCCACGGUGCUGAUCGAGGAGGAGCUUCUGGAGAUCCCGCAGCAGCAGCUGGUGGAGGUGACGCGCCAGGAGCUGCAGCCGGUGCUCGAGGAGGUGGUGAAAGAGGUGCCGAAGUACCGGGUGGAGUACCUGGAGAAGGUGGUCGAAGUGCAGAGCCAAGUCCUCCCACAGGACGGAGAUGGAGCGGUGGAAGCUGCAAGCAAGGGCACCCCCACCGGGCCUGGGCGCGUGGUGCAGGUGUCGACCAUCGCGGCUCUGAAGGCCGCGACGGCCGACUCUCCCUACCGGGACGGCAGCCGCAGCUCUCGCAGCCUCUCGCUCUCGCGCACGGUUACGCUGGAGGAGGAGAGCUGCCCCAGUUGCGGGCGAGCACGCGUGACCGGAUCCCGUUUCUGCCACGCUUGCGGGCACCGAUUCGAGAGCUGA